AUGCCAGUCUACCACAUCGUGCUAUUCAAGCUCAAGCCAAACACCUCAUCCGAAAAUAUCGCCGAGCUGAAAAAGGCAGCUGGGGCUAUGGUUGGCCAGAUACCUGGCCUACAGAAGAUGGAUGUCGGGCCACCCCAUGCGAGCACGGCCUCGCGAGCCCAAGGGUACGAUAUGGGCCUUGUAGCCGUGCUGGACAAGGCGGAGACGAUUGCGGUAUAUGCUAAGCAUGAUGCACAUCUAGCGGUUCACAAACUACGAGAGGAACUGUGCACGGAAACGCUGGCUUAUGACUUGGAAUUCACGCCUUGA